AAGAGGUAAAAGAAUACAUGAAGCAACGAGGUUUUGUUAGUACUUUAGGUCAUACUGCCGUACUAUGUGGUAAAGCCUUGACAUUCUCAGGAUUUUGGUUUCCUCUUGUUUUUGUACCAGGCAUCAUUUUGUCGACUGGUGGUUGGUUGACUGUUACUGGUUCCGAUUCUGCUUCAAUUGUUAAAGAAAAUGAAGCUUACCAAAUAUUUGAAAAAUGUCUUGCUGAAGACGAAGAAAAAAGUAAUAUGUUAGAAAUUUCGCAAAUAAAGUUAAAGGAAACUGUCGGAAAAUUCAAAGAAAUUGAUUCUCGCUUCGAUGAUUCAGAAUACAGAAAACAUGAAAUAGAUAGAAAAAAAAUUGAUGCAGUCAAAGAAGUACUGAAAAAAAUUUGGGGUGAAGAAAUUAAAGCUGAUUUAAGUUUAAAAAUUGAUACAGAAAUUAAACAUUCGACGGGUUUAAAGACAGUAAGAGCCGCUGUAGAGGCUUUUUGCAAGAUUGUGCCUUCUCCUCUGUCAUUUUAUUGUAUUUAUCGAGAUCGCAUGGAAGCUGAGAGCCGUACUUCUGUAGAAGAUAUGGAAACGGCAAUUAAAAAGUGGAAAGAAGGUUUGAUAGAUUUAAAAGAAAAAGAACAACCACUAAAUAUAGAGUAUGAAAAAAUCAGCUGGUGUAAAGUUGAAAUGUCAAAACUACUACCAACUACAAUUGAGAUACCAAAUCCGGCGUAA